CUUUUAUUAGUUACCAUCGUUGAUUGCGUUACUACACAAUCAUUUGAAUAGCAAGUGAUUAUAAAACAAAAUUAAAUAUUGGCAUUUUCAUGCUAUCUAUCUUUGGACCCACAACUAGAUAUAAAAAAUAAAAAAUUUCAAUUGUAUGUAUUGCACUUCAAAGGGAUUUUUUCUAUAUCCAAGAUUGCAAGGUGUAACAGAUAUGGUAAUGUGGAGAAAUAUAGGAUACAUGACUUCCUAGAUUUUAAAGAAUCAUCAAUCAUUGUUUUAGAUAAAAUUCUUUUUUAUUAUUGAGUUUUAUUUGAAUUUCGAUAAAAUUGAUAUUUAAAUUUAAAGAUUAAGUCGUCGUCAAUCAAAUUUUUAGGUUUUAAUCAAGUAUAUAAAGGUAUUCUUAUCAAAUACAAUUUAUUUAUAUUUAAUAGAAAUGUAUAUUCUAUUAUAUAUUGUGCUAUUCACAAUAGCAUCUACCUCCGUGGAUUCAUCGGGGUUUAGGAAUUUUUUUAACAAGCCACCAUUCAAAGAUUUCUAUGGCAAACUAGACGCGAAUAUCAGGGUUGGCGACGCAGGAGAACCGCUUAUAUUGACAGAUCUUAUCAAAAAUGGAGAUAUUAAAGAAGCCAAGGCGAAAGCUAAAGUGACUGACUUUAUGCCAGAAGUUGAGAGUUAUGCUGGAUAUUUCCGGGUUGACGAAACUUAUAACUCAAAUUUGUUCUUUUGGUUCUUUCCGUCUCAGAACGAUCCUACAAAUGAUCCAGUUAUCCUUUGGUUACAAGGUGGCCCAGGUGCAACAUCUAUGUUUGGAUUAUUUCAAGAAAAUGGACCGUUUGUGUUUAAAGGAAAAGAUGAAAUUGGCCUAAGGGAAACAUCUUGGACACUUCAAAAUUCAGUCCUAUACAUCGACCAACCAGCUGGUACCGGCUGGAGUUUUACUAAUGAAGGAUAUGCUCAAAAUCAAACUAAAGUAGGUAAUGAUCUCUACGCAGCUCUAGUUCAAUUCUUCUCUGUAUUUAACGAAUACCAGAAUAAUCCAUUUAUAAUCACUGGUGAAUCCUAUGCUGGCAAGUACAUUCCAGCGAUUGGUCAUGCUAUUGAUAAAUAUAACCCUUCAGCUUCAGUACAUAUUAACCUCCAAGGAAUGGCAAUUGGUAAUGGUUUGACCGAUCCCAAGUAUCAAAUUAAAUACGCGGACUAUUUGUAUAAACAUGGAUUGGUGGAUUUGAAUACGAGGGAUGAGCUGGACUACCUAGAAAAUCAAACUAUUGGUUACAUUCUUAGGGAGGAAUACCAGCAAGCUGCAGAAUCUAUGAAUUAUGAUUUGAAUCUCAUUAGCUUGGAAUGUGGUUUAGACAUUUACAAUUAUCUUACACUAGUACCAGAUAACAGUGAGCAAAAAUAUAUGGAAGAGUUAUUCCAAAGGGAAGACUUACGAAAAGCCAUUCAUGUUGGUAAUACUGAAUUUGAUGACAGAAAUGUUUACUCUAAUUUAUCUAAUGAUAUCCCAGUGUCUCAAGCUCAUUUGGUGGCUGACCUUCUUAGUAAAUACAGAGUCUUAAUAUAUAAUGGACAAGUAGACAUUAUAGUUGCCUAUCCAAUGACUGUUGACUAUUUGCAAAACCUUAAAUUUGAUUCCUCCGAAGUUUAUGCUAAAGCCGUAAGGCAAUUUUGGCAGACUGGGAAAGAUAAUGUUAUAGCUGGGUAUGUCAAGACAGCAGGUAAUUUGACGGAGAUUAUGGUUAGGAAUUCUGGACAUAUGGUACCGGCCGAUCAACCCUACUGGGCCUUGGAGAUGAUAAACAAAUUUGCCAGAAACCAACCAAUUGCUAAUUAAUUAUGUAAUUGUUCUAAAUAAAGUCUAUAAUUAGUUUAAAACAA